AUGUCACAAACGCCAGAGACGAGCAAUUGGAUCCAAGAUCGGAUCCCUAGCGGGAAGUCGCAUGGCGAUCGCAAGAGGAUCUUCCUAGCUAGCUCUUUGCGUACGACCUCGGACUCGUUAAGGAAAUGGCGCGAACGUUUGAGAUCGAUGAAAAGAGCAUCGCCCAGUGAACUUAGUGGUUUCGCGAUGUACCUUUCAGAAGGAAGCUUAUUUCCGUGGAGGCUGUGGACUGUUGCAUCUCUACAAACCUCGAUGCUAUUAUCCAGAACUAUGUGCUACUGGGAGGUGUCACCCGCACCGAAAUGUGGAGAGGUUGCAACAACCUGCAAACCUGGACUACAUUCACAGGACCGUCAACCACUGCGCAAACUUCGUGGAUCUGGCCAUAAGAGCGGACAGGCAACGCAUCGAAAACAACUGGUAUCGCUUGAAGGCUAA